CAAUACUUGUAAUAUUUACUCUGUACAAUCAUGAGGUUUCAGAUGAUCAACCAAACAAACCGUGCGAAGUAGCCGCAAUCGUUGUUCAUUUUCAGAGACCCUGUUGAUAACCCAAGACGGAGUAUUUCCUGCGCCGACUCACCUUGUAUUCGAUUGCUCGCUCAAAAAGCGAAGGAAAUGGCAGAACAGAAGCGAUCGGAGGCCGAGCAGUUCGAGCGGUUGAGCUCAUACCCUUUCUGUUCGGACCCUGAAUUUGCAGUUGGGCUUUCAAUCAUACUAGGGCAUCCAGAAAUCCCUGCAUCGGAAGCGGAAAUGAAUCGCAAUGAUGACCUUGUACUACAGGCUAAGUGCUUCUAUUUCUCAAGGAAAAAGAAUAUCACGCCGCCACUCAAUCUCGCAAACUACAAAGCUUGGUUGAUAUCUGUACCAACCGGGCAUUCCCCUGUUCCAUUUGCAGAACAAUCCAACACCUCGACAACAAUGUUUCCCCCCGAAAGUCACACGGAGUACAUACCAAAAUCCGGAGAGGAGCCUGAUUAUCCUUCUUCUUUCGCAAAUAUAGUCGAGCUCAUCACGACCGGUCAACCGAUUCCCGGAAUUCAGCCAAUACCAGAUACGGUCUUGGCGGGCUAUGACACGCCAAGUACGAAGUCAAAUAGACGAAAACCGUGGGAAGCAAGUAGGGAAGGAUCGGCCCACUAAAGACCCUUAGGUCGACAGUCGAGACCGAGCACGAUAUCCUGCACUUUUAAGGGAUAACAUCCUUGAAACCAAUGAAUGGCAGGUACGAUACUUCAAUUCACAAUUUAAGAAUAUCAACUCUCGCUCUCACUUUCGUAAACCAAGCUCCUGACCUGCAUAACUCACACUUGAUAAUUUCUCGGUACCCUGAUAAAAUAUUCAGCAACUUCAUAAAAAAUUAUAGUUCCCGUCUCCUAUCAUUUCCCUCACGCCGAAAUCCUUAAGUCCUUGGCCCUUUGUAGUCUGUGAAAGGGUUUCUUUUUUUUUAAUUUCCUUUGUUGCAGGAAAAAAAUGUUCUUUGAAGCGUGA